AUGGACUCAAUAAUUUCAGCUGAAAUCCCAGAUAAACAUAGAGACAUGGAAUAUUAUCAAGCAGUUGAAGAAUUCAUGGUCCAUGGUCCGUGCGGUCAUGCAAAAAGGAAUUCACCAUGCAUGGUAAAUAACAAGUAUUCAAAGCAUUUUCCCAAUAAAAUCAUUAAUGAAUCCCAAUUUGACCAAGAUGGAUAUCCGUUGUACCGGAGAAGGGAUGAUGGUCGAACGGUAAAGAAAAAUGGAAUAGAGUUGGAUAACCGCUAUAUUGUUCCACAUAAUCGGUAUCUACUCUUGAGGUUCAAAGCCCAUUGCAAUGUGGAGUGGUGUAACCAGUCACGGUCUAUAAAAUACUUAUUCAAGUAUGUUAACAAAGGUAAUGACCGGGUGACUGCAGAAUUUUAUAAAACCACUAUUGAUGAUACCGGUAAGGAAUUGGUAGAUGAGAUUAACAUGUAUUAUGACUGCCGGUACAUUUCAGCCUGCGAGGCAACGUGGCGCUUAUUAAGUUUUGAAGUUCAAUACAGAACACCACAUGUUGAGAUGUUGAGUUUCCACCUUCCUGAUUGUCAAUUAGUGAUCUUCCAAGAUGAUGAUAGCAUUGACCAUGUUUUAAAUAAGGAGACUGUUGGACAAAGUAUGUUUAAUGGGUGGUUUAUAGCAAACACAAAGUACCCAGAAGCUAAGAUGCUAACUUACAUUGAGAUGCCUACGAAAUUUGUAUGGAAAAAGGACAUUCGUGAAUGGCAACCAAGAAAAAAAGGCUUCUCAGUGGGUCGUAUCUUCUAUGUCCCACUAGCAUCAGGUGAAAUAUAUUAUUUAAGGUGCUUACUGAACAUAGUUCGUGGUCCUACAAGUUUUAAAGAUAUUAGGACUUUGAACGGUGUAGAGUACAUGACCUUUCGAGAUGCCUGUUAUGCUCAUGGUUUACUAGAUGAUGAUAAAGAGUACAUUAAUGUUAUAAAUGAAGCCAUCUAUUGGUCGACAGCUCAUUCGAUGAGGAAGCUCUUUGUGGUGCUACUGACAUCAAGUUCUAUAAUUAGACCGGAAAAUGUUUGGAAUGCGGUUUGGAAACAUUUAUGUGAAGAUGUUCAACAUAAUCAAAGAAGAAUCUUACAACAACCAGAUGAAGAGAAGAAAAACAUGGGUUUGAUUGAGUUGGAAAAGAUUUUGAAAUUACAAAAUAAGUCCUUAAAAGACUUUCCACAAAUGUCGAUUCCAAACAUGGGUGGUUUAUUUUUUGUUUAUGGGUAUGGUGGAACUGGAAAAACUUUCUUAUGGAGAGCGUUGUCAUCGACAUUGCGUGCUAAAAGGCAAAUUGUUUUAAAUGUUGCGUCAGGUGGCAUAGCAUCUUUGUUGCUACCAGGUGGACGAACUGCUCACUCAAGAUUUGCAAUACCAAUUGCAAUCAAUGAAGAUUCAACAUCCUUAGAUCGAAAUAUGAGAGAUUUGUUGCGAUUUAUUGACCCAAAUGGUUCGUCAAAGACAUUUGGUGGAAAAACAGUUGUACUCGGUGGGGAUUUUAAGCAAAUACUUCCAGUUGUGCCUAAGGGAACAAGACAAGAUAUUGUAUCUACAGCGGUUAACUCAUCUUAUAUGUGGAAUAGUUGCAAAGUUUUAAAGCUUACAAAAAACCUGUGCCUCAACUAUGUUACGCAUGGGGUUGAUAAACAAAAGCUAGAAGAUUUUGCUAAUUGGAUUGCUGAUAUCGGAGAUGGAAAGACUGGUGGAACAAAUGAUGGAUAUGCAGAAGUAGAAAUCCCAAAGAACAUGCUUUUACCGUCUAAUGGGGAUCAUAUUUCAACAAUUGUGAAAAGCAUAUAUUUCCGAUAUAAUGGUAUACUUGGUGACGUACACACCCCGGAAUUCUUGAACGGUAUUAUAGUGUCAGGUUUACCAAACUAUACAUUGAAUUUGAAAAUUGGGUCAUCAGUUAUGUUGAUGAGGAAUAUUGACCAUAGUAUUGGUUUGUGUAAUGGUACUAGACGGAUAAUCACCAAGUUAGCUGACCGUAUUAUUGAGGCCGAGAUAAUGACUGGUGCUAACAAAGGAAUAAAAGUUUUGAUUCCAAGAAUGUCAAUGUCACCAUCCGACCCAAGGUUGCCCUUCAAGUUUUAA